UUGAGGCGCCACCCCGGGCGGAACAGCGGUGAGGGGAAGGGGGCUGAGAGAACCCGGGGUGGGUGUCGGGGGGGUCUGUCCGCCAAACCGACCCGCCCAGCCAUGGCCUCGGACUCCGGAGACAAAAACCCGACGCUGAAGAGGUGCCUCGCCGUCCUCAGAGAGGCGAGAAACGACAGCGAGCAGUUCGCAGCUCUGCUCCUGGUGACCAAAGCGGUCAGAGCCGGAGAAGUAGACGCCAAGACCCGUCGCCAGAUCUUUGACGCAAUUGGAUUCACGUUUCCGAAUCGCCUGCUCACCUCCAGGCAGACCCCGGUGGGCUGCCCCGAGCACACCUUCCAGGCGCUGGGCCUUACUCUGUUGGCAUGUUUCUGCACCGAUCCAGAGUUAGCUGGUCACUCCCAGAUCUUGAACAAAAUCCCAACCUUCAAUGAUAUCCUGGUUUCCCCCUGCAAUCCAGACAGCACGUCCAUGAUCGAUGAUGUAUACCAGUGCCUGAGUGCUGUCAUGGCCACUGUCAGGGGUUCCAGAGAGUUGGUGACCAAAGGGACGGUGUCUGCCCUGUGCCAGGCCUACGUGAAUUGCAGUUACGGCUCUGACCGUGCCUUGACGCUGCUCUUGGGGCUGUUGGCCAUAGCAGAGGCGAAGUGCUGGCAGAGAGACGCUCCACACCUCCUGGCCGUGCUGAGCAAGCUCUCUGAUGAUUUUCUCAAGGCUGAAGACAUGACCAAAUUUGAGUUGUGUGAGGUUCUGCCUCGCUUCAUCCCCCUGUCGCCACCACUCACACAGGACUCACAGGGCUCUGAGUGCCUCCAUAAACUUUACAAAGGGCUGGCAAACAUCUUGGGCAGUAAACUCAGCCAGUCGCAGCGGGACCCUGCUCUGAAGCUUGCUGCCUGCCUCGUGCAGGCCUGUGGGUCAGAGUGGAUCCCAGCAGGGAGUGCUGGAAGUAAGUUCCUGGCCUUGCUGGUGAACUUGGCUUGUGUGGAGGUCCGCCUGACCCUAGAGGAGCCAGACCCCUUGGAGGUGGAGGGGAAGAAAGAAGUGGUAACAGCCUGCUAUGUCCUUAUUGAGAUGGGGAUCCAGGAGUGCCUGAGAGAAGAGAAACCGCUGCUAGAAGAGGUGCAGAAAAUGCAGCUCAUGAGGAUCAUGGAGGAGGCAUUUGGAGCUGUAAUAUUCUACUUGAGACAGGUUAAACAGGAGGAGCUACAAGAUCCUUUCAUAUUUGCUUCUGUUCGAAUCCUUGGAGCCUGGAUGGCAGAAGAGACAUCCUCCCUCAAGCAGGAAAUCUGUGAGCUUUUGCCUUUCCUUGUUCAUUAUGCCAAGAAGCUUUUCAAAGAGGGUAGCCCAGCUGCAAGUCUUCCCCAGCCAGAGCUGGUCAGCACCGAGGGCUCUGGCGUACCCCAGGAUGCCCUGAGAUUUCUGCUACCUGGCUUUUGCCAUUUAACAGCAGAGGACAGGCCCCGGGACAUCCUCAUCUCAGAAGGGGUACCAGCACUGCUGUCUGAGUACUUCCUCUAUCAGUGGGAGGUGCUGACCUCCAAGCCUGGGUCCCUGACUCUGCUGACAAACACUGAAAUGAGUCUACAGACUGCGUGUGGGAUUUUCCUUAACCUGGUCGUGACUGCGCCGGACCUCAUCAGGCGAGACAAAACCUUUUCGUCCUUGAUGGACAUGUUGCUGAAAUCUCUUCCGCUUCUGCUGCCCCAGAAAGAUCACCUGGUUCUAGCAGCCAACAUUGCCACUCUGGGCCUGAUGAUGGCCAGGAUCCUUGCAAGUUCGGCAGCUCUUCAGGGGACGCAGUCUGCCAAGGAGUUUUUCGGAGCUGCCAUUUGCUUCCUAUCACAGGCCCACACUGCCCAAGCAAACCCUGGUAGGGACGGCUUGGCCGCGGCCGUGUCACCUGCCUACGCGAGUGCCUGGGCUGACAUCAGUGAGCUCUGGUUCUUGGGGAUGCAGGCCUUGGCCGGCUGCGUGCCGCUUUUUCCCUGGCUGCCGCAAGCUGUCCUCCAGGCACGGUGGCUGGAAGGCCUCUCGGAGUUACUGGCUCAUGUCGCUCCGGCCUCGGUGGAUUUUGAGCUCAUUGCUGCUUUCCAGGGCGUGUUAGUAGAGCUGGCCAGAGCCAGCAAGCCAUGCAGGGACGUGAUCCUGUCACACCACGGCAGGGAGUGGGCCAACCUUUAUGGUAUGGCAGCUUUGGAACAGUGUCUGUCGGAGCAGUGAAGAGCUAGCGGCACCCUGAUGUGGGAAAUGAAGCCAGACUCCUGCACAAGAUCUGUUCAACGUUUCUCACGCACCCUUUGGUCCCAGGUGGGGACAAAAAGCAUUUGAAUGACCAAACUUUAUAAAACUGGAGUGAUGCAGCAGAGCUCAGUGGGAUUUGCACUGUCCACAACCUGAUGUGCGGAACUGUUGCUGCCUCAGAACAUUUCAACAUGCACCUGCUUGACCUUCUGUCAGUAUUUCUUUUUAAAACCAGACUGUUUUAUUAUUAAAGACGUUUUAUGUUGCUUUGUUUUUCA